CACAGCCACAGGCGCAGUGCAAGGUCGGAGGGCGACGCCGCUACGUCUGCUGCUGACGGCUGAGCGACUGCUGCCCGCUCUCAUGUGCUGCUGCGAGAUGGUGCUGGUGCUGGUGUUGGCCGCCAUUCUGGCGGUGUUCGUCUGGAAGAGGCUGACGGCUCCAGAAGAGGAGCCGUUCAGCCAACGGAAGCUGGAGGACGCGUGGUGGGGGCCCGGAGAGCCCAGGGAGGUGGACGAGGCCGUCCGGCCCUUCUCCAUCGACGUCCCGGACAGCGUGAUUCAAGACUUGCACGAGAAACUAAAAUCCACGCCGAAGUUGACGCCGCCAUUGGAAGGGGUCGGCUUCGAAUACGGCUUCAACUCUGAGUACCUGCAUGAGGUGGUGGAGUUCUGGCGGACUCAGUACGACUGGAGGGAGCGCGAGAAGUUCCUGAACCAGUUUCCGCAGUUCAAGACGACCGUGAGCGGCCUCGAGCUGCACUUCAUCCACGUGAAGCCGGCCGACGUCCCUCAGGGCACAGUGGUGGUGCCGCUGCUACUGCUGCACGGCUGGCCGGGCUCCGUCAGGGAGUUCUACUCGCUGCUGCCGCUGCUCACCACACCCAGGAAGGGCGAGGGAUUCGUCUUCGAGGUGGUGGCCCCUUCCCUGCCUGGGUACGGCUUCUCGCAGGGCGCGGCCAAACCCGGGCUCGGGCCCGUGCAGAUGGCGGCCAUCAUGAAGAAGCUCAUGGAGCGACUGGGUCACAGCAAGUUCUACGUCCAGGGUGGAGACUGGGGAUCUGCCAUCGGGAACGCUCUGGCGAAAUACUUCCCUAGCUAUAUACUGGGACUGCACGUCAACAUGUGCUCUGCAGACAGCCUGAAGGCCAGGCUCAAAGCCACGAUCGGCGGCUUCUGGCCGACUCUGUUCGUCGACCGGCGAUACGCGCGCAGGGCCUUCCCCUACUGGAAGAACCUCAUCAGCAUGGUGCUGGAGGAGAUGGGCUACAUGCACCUGCAAGCUUCCAAACCGGACACCAUAGGGAUUGCACUGCAGACUACACCUGUUGGCUUGGCCGCCUACAUCCUGGAGAAGUUCUCCACCUGGACCGACCCGUCUUGGAAGACUCUGCCCGACGGAGGUCUGACGAAGAAGUACGAACUGGCGGACCUCCUGGACAACGUCAUGAUCUACUGGGUGACCGGCUCCAUCACCACCUCCGUCAGGCUCUACUCUGAAGCUUUCAGCAAGGCAGCAAGAGUCGGCCGCAAGAGAGUCAUCGAGAAGUACCCGCCGACAGCCGUGGCGCAGUUCGAGAACGACCUGGUGUUCACCCCUGAGUCCAUGGCCCGCGACGCGCACCCGGGGCUUGUGAGGUACAACGUGUACAGGGGGGGACACUUCGCGGCCUUCGAGGAGCCCAGAGUGCUGGCCGACGACGUCUGGGACUUCAUCAAGUCUAUACGAGCGUGAAUGUGUGUGCCAGAGAGAGAGAGGUGUACUCACCGCAAAUUAAAUGUUAGCUUGUGUGUGUUGCACCAAGGACAAAUUUAAACUGUAAAGUUAAUUGUAAUCAUUGUAGUAAAAAUAGUUUCUUUUUUAAACCGCA